AGGGCCACAAAGGCAGAGAAGGAUGGAGUGACUCUUGACAUUUGUGUAAAACUUUCUUGUAUAUUACCGGUCAUAUAAUUUACUUGAAAUACUCUAUUAUUUUACAUAUAUUUUUUUAAAAAAUGGAUCACGAUCACGAUGAAAUAUUGAAACAAUUUCAGGAUGUCACUAGUGCCAACGCUGAAAGAUCACAAUUCUAUCUGGAAUCGUCUGGAUGGAAUCUUGAAAUUGCAUUGGCAAGCUUCUUUGAGAAUGAUGGGGAUGGCGAUGUUGAAGUAGUAGAGCCUGAGCCUCAGGUGGUGGAAUCGGACGAUUCAGAGGCAGAAGAAGCAGCUACUCCGGUGUCCAAAGCCAAAACUAAAAAGCCAAAGGCCAAGCAAAAUUCAAAAUUCGCAACCCUGGCCAGUCUGGCCAAUGAGGAAGACAGUUCUGAUGAGGAGGAGGGACAGGCGUUCUACGCGGGUGGGUCGGAGCAUAGCGGCCAGCAGGUGCUAGGGCCCGCCAAGAAGAAGCAGAACUUUGUCUCGGAAAUGUUCAAGUCUGUCAAAGAGCAUGGAGCAGAGGUGGUGGACCCUUCUCCCAGCAGAGGCCGACCCAACACAUUUGCUGGAACGGGCUAUCGUCUUGGACAAUCAUCAAAUGAUACUGAAGUGAUAGCCUCACCGACCGAGGGCAACGAAGAGCGUAGACACUCGGAAGUAACUCUGAGGUUUUGGAAGGAUGGAUUCAGCGUUGAUGACGGCGAGCUGAGAGAGUACUCCGAUCCAAACAAUGCCGAGUUCCUCGCCUACGUUCGCAGAGGGUUGGUGCCUCUGGAGUUGGUACAGAAGGCGCGGGGUGGGGAGGUGCAUUUGAAUAUGGAGGACCAUCACCAUGAGGAGUACACCACGCCUAAAACUAAGGUCAAAGCUUUCGCGGGCAAAGGUCAUCUGCUCGGAAGUCCGUCACCGGCCACAGUAGGCGCCGUGGGGGCGGUGGACCAGAAGGAUGUGGCCGCCAACGAGGAGGCGGCACGGGAGGCGGCGAAGGUGGAUGAUGCCGCCCCCACCACCACACUGCAGAUACGGCUGGCCGACGGCUCCCGCCUCCAGGCCAGGUUCAACCACACCCACACCGUGGCUGAUGUCAGGCGAUACAUCGUCACCGCCCGACCUCAGUACGAGAUGAAUACAUUCGCCCUUCUCACAUCGUUUCCGAGCAAGGAGCUCACAGAUGAGACCCAGACGCUGGUUGACGCCGGCGUUCUCAAUUCAGCCCUGCUGCAAAGAUUAAAAAAUAUGGAACAAGUCUCAUUUGAUGACUUUUAAAACAGUGGUUGCGUUUGUUGAAAAUUGUUAUUGAAUUGAAACGAAUCUGGAAUCAAAAAGUAUUUCGAUUUUGAACUGUGAUGACAAUUUACCUGUGAAUCAUUCGAAAAAAUUGUGUGAAUUGGCUUUCUCUUCAUUCUGAAAUUCUAUUUCUAAUGUACAGUUGAAUAUCUAAUUUCUGAAUAAAAAUGUUCAAUAAAGUUGUUUGUAUGAUUGGUAUA